AUGGUUUACCCUGGCUAUCUACCCGGUUGUCAACAAUUAACUCCAUGGACACAACAAUACGAUCAUGCAUGGUACGGUUACGGUCAACAAGAUACCGUAUCGCCAAAUUACUUCUACCAACCGGAAAUGGUCCACUACGAGGAGUGGCCACAAAUAUACCAAAAUAAUGAAGCUGUAUAUCCUGCGAAUGCCAGCGUACCGGAAAACUAA